CUUCGUCUGGCCGCCGCCACUGCCGGCUUGACACACGCGUCCUUCCGCGCGGCUCCUGCCCGGGGGUCUCGCCCCUCGGUGCUGCUGCUCCUCCUCCUUCUCCUCCCAGCCCCUUCCUGUCCCCUUCCCUCCCGUCCUCGCUUUGGCCAUGACGAUCCUGCCCAAGAAGAAGGCCUGCCCGGCUGCCGGAGACGGAGAUAGGGACCAGCCCGGCUCGAGAGGGGGAGGCCCCGGCGGCCCAGGGGGCCCCGGCGGCGUAGGCGGCCCUGACUCCCGGGGCUGCUCCGGCGCCGAUUCCCACCCGCGCGGCGUCGGCGUUGGGGGAGGCGUCGGACCCGGGGAUCCGCAUUCCGGGCGCGGCGGAGCCCGUCCCCGGGCUUCGCCUCCCCCGCCGCCGCCACGCUGGGGACUGCCCCCCGCCGGGUCCCCUCCGCCGCCUAAUCCCGGAGUUGGAGCCGGGGGGGACGGGCCCGGCCUCGGCCUACUCGACCCCGGGGUGGCCGAAUCGCGGGGCGGAGUAGGCGGCGGUUGCUGCUCCGGGCCCGGCCACAGCAAACGGCGACGGCAGGGGGGGCCUGGCGGCGGGCUAGGGCUCGGCGGGGCGGCGGGGCCUGGGGGAGGGGGAGGCAAUAGUCCCGAGGAAGAUGAGGUCGGCGCCGGCUACAACAGCGAAGAUGAGUACGAGACGGCGGCAGCCCGCAUCGAGAGCAUGGACCCGGCCACCGUCGAGCAGCAGGAACACAGGUUCGAGAAGGCGCUGAGAGAGAAGAAAGGGUUCAUCAUAAAACAGAUGAAGGAAGAUGGGGCCUGCUUGUUCCGGGCUGUGGCUGACCAGGUAUACGGUGACCAAGACAUGCACGAAGUGGUCAGGAAACACUGCAUGGACUACUUGAUGAAGAAUGCCGACUACUUUUCCAAUUACGUGACGGAAGAUUUCACCACUUACAUUAACCGCAAGCGGAAAAACAACUGUCAUGGCAACCACAUUGAGAUGCAGGCUAUGGCAGAGAUGUACAACCGGCCUGUGGAGGUUUACCAGUAUGGCACAGAGCCCAUCAAUACUUUCCAUGGCAUCCAUCAGAAUGAGGAUGAGCCCAUCCGGGUGAGCUAUCACCGCAACAUACAUUACAACUCCGUGGUGAACCCCAACAAGGCUACCAUUGGGGUGGGACUAGGGCUGCCCUCCUUCAAGCCAGGGUAUGCAGAGCAGUCCUUGAUGAAGAAUGCCAUCAAGACCUCGGAGGAGUCCUGGAUCGAGCAGCAGAUGCUGGAGGAUAAAAAGCGAGCGACCGACUGGGAAGCCACCAACGAGGCUAUCGAAGAACAGGUUGCCAGAGAGUCUUAUUUGCAGUGGCUACGUGACCAGGAAAAGCAGGCCAGACAGCCCCGCAAAGCCAGUGCUACUUGUAGCUCUGCCACGGCGGCCGCAGCGAGCGGUUUGGAAGAAUGGAGUGGUCGUUCUCCACGUCAGCGCAGCUCAGCUUCUUCCCCGGAACACCCCGAGCUGCACAAUGAGCUGAAUGCUGCCAAGCCCCCUUCUCCUGGAAGCACCGCAGCCCUAGCACUUACCAAGCCCCCCUCGCCGUGUGCUCCAGGUACAAGCAGCCAGCUGUCUGCAGGCGGCGGGCGAGUAACCCCUCCCUUAGUGUCGUUGUAUCCAGCCCUGGAGUGCCGGGCAAUAAUGCAACAGAUGUCACCCACAGCAUUUGGUCUGAGUGACUGGGAUGACGAUGAGAUCUUGGCUUCGGUGCUGGCCGUUUCGCAACAGGAGUACUUGGAAAGCAUGAAGAAAGGUGCCCUGCACCGAGACAGUGGUUCUGACAAGAGUUGAUACCUGGUUCCGGCUCUUGCGCUCGCCUGACACCCCUUUGGUGUGCAUGUUUUGGCAGGAAGGAUGAUAACACUUGGAACCCCUCCCCUCCUCCACUGCUGCUGAUCAACGCUCCUUCAGCUGCCCCUUUGCCCCCCACUUUUGGCUCUCCGCAGAAGACUCUCCCCUCUGGUGCGCUGAGAAACAGACAGGUGCAAAAGAGAGACAGGAUCUCUUCCCCAAGGAGCUGAAACACUCGCAAACUGGGGCAUGCUGGGCUUCCCCUUCAUCUGCCGUUUUUCAUUAUUAAAAGAAAUAAUUGAACUGGUCCUCGAGAGAGCCCUCUCCCCUCCCCCUUUGGAUUGGAGGGGUUGAGUUUGCCUGCGGGGGGGGGGGUGGGGAACGGACGUUGGCUUUAGGGGUGUGGAGAGAGUGUAGCUGCCUCAAUAGAAGGAAAAUGCCACUGUAGGGCCUGCUGGUUUCCCUCACCCUGGAGGCUGGAGGGGAAUCAUGUAAUUUGGGGACAAGGAGAAGAGGACUUGAUAGGACACCACUUGUUUUUUGCUCUUUCAGCCACAUUCCCUGCCCUAAGAGAAAAGAUUUCAGCAAAGCAGGUCCUAAACCUGCAGCCAUUGAAAUCAUUCUCCCUUCCUCCAAAGAAAAGUCUCUCCUCCUCCCUUCCCCUCCCUUGUCUCUAAGAUGCUGUCCCUUUUUCACUCGGUGCAAUAGCCUCUCUUUCUCUUCCCACCCACCUCUUUGUUCACGUGUGGCUCUUGACCACCCAGCAGGCAUCACUUCUUUCACCAUUGCCAAUGGGUUGGUCCAGCUAUCUGGUCUAGCUGCUCUCAUGGCUGUGCUUCAUUGGCCUUGAUCCCUCCUGCUGCUGCCUUUUCGAUUCUCCCCGUGCCUAGCAGCAGAGGGAGAGGGGGCACCGCUCACCGGUCAGUGUCAGGACUUCCCCCUGAGCAGGUCUGGCCUUAGGGUAAUGCUGAGAGGAAAAGAGACUGGGAACCAAAUGGACUCUGGACAGAAAAUAAAGCGAUGGAGGCUGCAGCUAACAUGGAGGGGUGCCAAGCUCUCCAGGGGCAAAAAUAGACUUGAACUCCCAUUCUAAGGGCUGGUUCAAACCGGGGAGCCUCUCCUGGGUCCUGGACUGUUGAUGGACUGGCUUGAAAGUUUAAAACAAAACAAAAAACAACAACAACAAAAAGCCAAGGAAGGAAGUAUUUCUGGUAAUCUUACCUUUUCCAGGUGUGGUGUCUUCCUCACUACAUAUGUAGUUAUAAUCUACCUAUUGUGGCCAUUUUACUGUCCAAGCCUUGGUCUGAACAAGUGUUUCUUUACACUCAGAUGUAAAGAGGCCAUGUGCUCAGCUCCUCUUGCGUCUUCAUGCUGAGUCCCAAAUUCCUGGAGGGACAGGAGAUAACGCUGACAUUCCUGCCAUCCCCAUUUGUUGCUCUCUGACGCUUCAAAGAGACAUCUUUGAAAAGUGGGGAGGGGAGUCGUCUGCUGCUUUAGAAGAUGGAUCCUGAAGACUCCACGGAUGGCUGGUCUAAAAGUGGUAUUUGGUGCCUGAAAUAAAAAUAUAGGCAGAGUUGA